AUGCCUAUACCAACGAAUAUCGCAAAUCUUCUGAUCGGAGGGGAUUCUAAGCUUUCGAUUCACUUCGAAGAAAUUCCUUUCCACGACGAUGGAGCUCGCAAUGGCUCCAGGUUCUAUAUGCUUUCCACGAACCAUGCCCUGAAAGACCAUGAGGAAAGAGACGACGAUGUCAGAUAUCUGUCCAAAGGCAAACAAGGUGCCACUAAGCUGGCCCAGCUGCUUAAUGCCCCUCGUAUCACAAACGAAAAAGGGAAUCCAGCCCAAGAGGACGAGAAAGCUGUUGUGCGGCUUGGAAGAACCGCCAUGGUUGUCGACGAGACAUUUGACGCGCAACCUAUCCACAGUCACAUCUGGAACUCCUUCAUGUCCGUUGAAUUCCGCUUCCCGAAAGCAGACUUCACGUCUCUACAAUAUCUACAAACUUCUUGGAAGGGACUCGAAUCCGGCGAUACACUCUUCACCAAGGAGGGAACGCCAACCUUCGAGGAAGUAUCCAUCGUUUCCGGAGUGUGUCUAUUUAAUGCAAGACUUUUGGCAAUGAGUGCAACGAGCCCAAAAACUGGUGACGUUGACAUUCCUCUCCUCAGAGACUCAAUCCCUACAUACAACGAAUUGGAUUAUAUUGCGCGCUCGUCAAGCGCCAUCGCCGAUGUCGCUGCCAUGAACAUCUCAAGAGCUCGCGAGCAGGGGUCUGAGCAGCGAAUUAAUAUAAAGCUCGACAUCCCUAGCUGGCACUACUUCCACUCGGUAGCCACGAAGUUUGCGUUGAAGCAAUGCUCGAAUACCCAAGCCUUGGACUGGAUGGACGCGGUUGACCAACGACACGAUCAGAUGGGACAAGUCUUUGUGGAGACCAUAAAGGAUGAGCUUGAGCAACGGGGCAUUCAUGACAGCACCAGCUAUGUUGUUGGCAUCACAUCAAGGACUAAUCCAGCUGCCCUCAUGAUUCGAAGAUCACUUGAGCACGGAGAAGUCCCCUCCUUGGAGGCCAUUCUCGCCGCCUUGGACUCUGAAAAGGACGGGUGCUGGAAGCGAUUCUACGAGAUGAUUCCCCUCAAGGAACGACCCACGAACCUUGACCAGCUGGGCUAUCUUUACUACGUAUAUGAAGCCAUCCAGCCGUCUCUCGUGGAACGCCAAGCUGAACCGAUACGCCUGACAUCCAACCAAACCAAGAAAGUCAAUUUGUCAAAAAAGGCAUUGAAGAAGCGAAAGCCUCGCCGCUUGAUCAUCAGCAUUGAUGACUCUGCAGAACGCCGCAUUUACUCCCGAGCUCAAAGGAUACUCAGCAAGAUCCGACAGUGUAGCGAGAAGCCGGAGACUUUUUUGGUAGAGUCAUAUGUCUGUAGGAGAUUUUUGAUUAAUGGGAAUGAGGAUAGAGCACGACUAGGCCGGCUAGAUCCUAUCCCUGAUGUUCCAGCUCAUACCGAUCUACACCAUGAGAUUGUUCUACCCUACGAUGCUGUACGGAAUCUGUAUGGAGAUGAUUGUGCUCUCAAUUUACAGAAGCGGCUUCGGGAAGUGGGCCUUUGA